CGUAUUCUCUGUAUUUUUUGGGUCUCUAUAAGAUAUCUCGAUUUCAAAAAUGUCAAAAUCUUCACCAAAAACCGGUUUCACUUACAAAAUUCUCAACCAUCCACCGCCACAAUGGCACCGCCCGGUUUCGCACCUCCCAGCUACUCGCACGACCGCAUACCCACCCGUCUCGUCAACAAAGAAGCGCCUCCCGUAGGAAUCGAUACAAACGGGCGCGCCUACAUCAUUUUCUUCUCCUAUCUCUUCCUCGCUGUUUCCCUGACAGCCUUCGUAAUCGCCCACCUACGCAGCAGCUACUCACGCCUCAUACAAUCGCAUACGCCUCGCUCUCCAAAGCUCACAAAACAUGUGCGAAUGUACGCGGUACUGGCAAUAUGGAGCGUACUGGCAAUAUGGAGCGUACUAGUGGUAUGGUACUACGAACUGCAAUACUUCAAGAUCUCGUACCAGACAUGGAUGCGGUGGAGGUCGUACUACGAUCUAACGCCGGACCAGAUGCACUGGGGGCUGUGGCUGCGGGAGACUUCGUUGUUUCGAGAGGCGUGGGAGACUGCUGUUGUGGGGAACGCGCGAUAUUGGUGGACCCAUCAGAUUUUCUUGUUUGCGUGUGCGUUGGGUGUGAGCUUAGAACAGACGGAGGUUAGGAGAGGGACGAAGCAUGCUUGGGCAUUCAUUCUGCUCGGCCAGAUUGUAUCAGUCGGGUUUGCUACGAAUCUGUAUCUGCUUGGAUUACUUCUCAGUCCAUAUCCAUCGCCACCUCCAACAUCGACGGAAUCGAAUCCGAGGAAAUGGCUGGGACCCUGGGUUCUUAGCUUGCUCAUGAUUAUAUUUACAGAAGGACCUGCGCAUAUGCUCGUCGAUGAGCAUUACUGGCAUCAUCAAACCGACUUUCUGCCCAUGGUCAUUAUACCACACGUUGCGCUUCUUAUGCUCCCUGUAGCCCGCGCCAUCCUGCCCAGAAGGUUCCUCGCCAAUUCGAGCGUCGAGACUACGGGCAAAGCGUACGGGUAUCUAUGGGCCGCUACAAUACUCGGGGGAGGUUUGUUGUUCGUAAGAAUAACAGUGAUGUCGUAUGGAUAUAGCGGCGUGCAAGGAAUUCUUGAUGCGCUACUUGAGGCACCAGCUGUCAGCAGUGUUGCUUUUGAUGUCAUCUUUUGCUGGCUGGCAUGGGGUGUGUGGUGGUUUAUACAGAAGCCGAGACCCGCUGCUUCGAUAAAGGAUAAAGAUGGGAGCGAAGGGGUCGAUGCCUGGACGGGUAGGAGCUCUCAAGCUGAACCAGUAAGAGAAGACAAUGGCGUGAGGCGCCGUUGA